AUGACGGCGAUCAUGUCCGGGACCAUCACCACCACUGCGCCAGCAACAACCACCACCACGGCGGAUCCGCCCCCGCUCCUUACGCCCGAGGAGGUGUCGGGCACCCUGCGAGAGCUCGUCCAAGCCGUCCGGGGCAUCACCCUCUACCUCGCCGGGAACCAGCCCCUGCCGCCGAGCGCCGCCACCACCGCCUAUGGGCCGCCGCUGCUACAGUGGCCCACCCCGGCCUUCCAGGCGCCCUACGGAGGGGCGCCUCCGCCACCGCUCCUGCUGCCGCACUACCCGGCCGCAGGAACGCCUUGGCCAGCGUGGCCGACCGCCACCGCAUCGCUGGGGGCGACGGUGCAGCAGCACCACCAGGCGCCGCUGCCAUCGACAGCACCACCACCCGCGUCCCGACCUACUAGCCGGCCCCUUCACCAGGUGCAAUUUCCGCCCUCGCCAUCGCCGAUUCCCGCGUGGGCGGCCGGCUCGUCUCCGGACCCGGUGUAUACUACGGCGCCGGAACACCCGAUGCCCUCCCUCCGAUUUGACCGUCCCUCCAGCUCGGCGAACUACGCCCCAGAGAUCCCCGACCCGGCACACGCACUACCGUUGACUGCAGCUCCCGGGCACGGUGGCCCGACACCCCCUCGCUUCGCCAAACUGGACUUCGCCACUUACGACGGCAUGGAGGACCCCCUUAACUGGCUCAACCAGUGCGAGCGGUUCUUUCGAGGGCAGCGGACGCUCGCUUCGGAUCGUACCUGGCUCGCGUCCUAUCAUCUCCGAGGCGCGGCGCAGACUUGGUACUACGCCCUCGAGCAGGACGAGGGCGGCAUGCCACCAUGGGAGCGCUUCCGGGAGCUUUGUCUCCUCCGGUUCGGGCCUCCUAUCCGCGGGAGCCGACUGGCGGCCCUCGGCCGCUUGCCUUUCACAUCCACGGUGCAGGACUACGCCGACCGCUUCCAGGCCCUGGCAUGCCAUGCGCCGGGCGUCUCCGCGACUCAGCGCGCCGAGUUAUUUGUGGGUGGAUUACCGGACCAUAUUCGCGUGGACGUCGAGCUCCGGGAUCCCCCCGACCUCCAGACGGCCAUGUACUACGCCCGGGCCUUCGAACAGCGGGCUCAGGCGCUGCAGCAACCGGCCGGCCGGGGCGGCCGCCAUCCCAGUCGACCAGCGCCGACUCCACCAUCACCGGGCCGGCUUCCUCCAGCCACGACGACCGCACCUCCGGCCACCACCCGGACCUUCCGUCGGUUGUCACCGGCCGAGCAGGAGGAGCGUCGCCGUCAAGGCCUCUGCUUCAACUGUGAUGAGCCCUACACGCCGACCCAUGUCUGCCCCCGCCUAUUUUACUUGGAGACGGUCGACUACACCGAGGCGGACGACUCGACCGACGAGCCACCACCCGCGGCGGCCGUAGACACGCCCGCGGAUUCCACGGCGACGGCGUGCGUCGUCUCCCUCCACGCUCUUGCCGGCAUCCGUGGCGAGCAGACCAUGUUGUUACCGGUGACGGUCCAUGGCGAGCGGCUGGUGGCCCUGCUGGAUACUGGCUCCACCCAUAACUUCCUGCCCGCGGCGACUAUGCGUCGGCUAGCACUGCCGACCACGGACGGGGAGCGCCUGCGGAUCACGGUGGCAAACGGCGAUCGCCUCCGGUGCCAUGCGCUCGCCCGCGACGUUCCCAUCUCCAUCGGUGGCGAGCACUUCUCCAUUACAUGUGCAGGCAUCGACCUCGGCUGCUUCGACUUCAUCCUCGGGGUGGAUUUUCUCCGGACCCUCGGGCCCAUCCUGUGGGACUUCGACGCACUCUUGAUGACGUUCUGGCGGCUGGGCCGCCGCAUCCGGUGGGACCGCCUUGGGGGCGCCGCGCCAGCCGUGCCACACCUCCAGCUGGCCGCCGCGUCCCAGGAGGCCGAGCACCCCCUGCUGGAUCCCCUUCUGCAGCAGCACAGCGACAUCUUCGAUGAGCCACGGGGUCUUCCACCCGCCCAGGUGUACGACCAUCAUAUUCACCUUGUACCGGGCUCCACCCCCGUGGCGGUUCGGCCCUACCGCUACCCACAGCUGCAGAAGGAUAAGUUGGAGCGACAGUGUGCCCUUAUGCUUGCGGCAGGCAUCAUCCGGAUCUCCACGUCGCCCUUCUCCGCGCCGGUGCUUCUCGUCCGUAAGUCGGACGGCACGUGGCGUUUCUGCAUCGACUAUCGCGCCCUCAACGCGCUCACGCUCAAGGACAAGUUCCCUAUACCGGUGGUCGACGAGCUCUUGGAUGAGCUCCAUGGGGCGCGCUUCUUCACCAAAAGCUCGAUCUCCGGUCGGGCUAUCAUCAGCGCCACCUGGGCCGAGCACCUCCAGCACGUCACCAUCGUCUUCAACGAGCUUCGGGUGCACCACCUCCACCUUAAGCGCUCGAAGUGCUCGUUCGGGACACCUACCGUCGCCUACCUCGGCCGUGUCAUCUCGGCCGACGGGGUGGCUAUGGACGCCGACAAGGUGGCGGCCGUCUCUGCAUGGCCGACUCCUCACUCGCCGCGGGCUCUCCGUGGGUUCCUCGGCCUCGCCGGCUACUACCGGAAAUUUAUCCGGGAGUUCGGGCUCAUCGCGGCGCCCCUCACGCGGUUGCUUCGCCGCGAUGCUUUCGCCUGGGACGACGAGGGGACAACAGCGUUCGAGGCCCUCAAGGGGGCCCUCACGACGGGCCCCGUCCUCCAGAUGCCCGACUUCGACCGCCCGUUCGUGGUGGACUAUGACGCCUCGGGCGCCGGGUUCGGCGCCGCCGUUCGUCAUUGGCGGCCGUACUUGUGGGGACGGUCCUUCCACAUUCGCACGGACCACUACAGCCUGAAGUUCUUGCUGGACCAAUGGUUGUCGACCGUGCCGCAACACCAGUGGAUCAGCAAGCUCUUCGACUUUGACUUCUCCGUCGAGUAUCGGCCGGGCCGUCUUAACAUCGUGGCCGACGCGCUGUCCCGUCGCGACUCCGACCUUGCUUCCUCCACCGACGAGUCCGCCGGGGCGGCCCUGUGCAUCCGCUUCGGGCCGACGUUUGGUCUCUUCGCCGACAUUCACCGCGCCACUGCGACGGCCGACGACGCCGUCCUUCUUCAGCAGCAGCUCACGGCCGGCGACCUGGAGGAGCCUUGGCGCUUCUCUGACGGACUGCUUCUCCAUGGGCGCCGGAUCUUUGUUCCGGCGCAUGAUGAUCUCCGUCACCAGGUGUUACAGCUCGCCCACUCGGCGGGUCAUGAGGGUGUGCAGAAAACCCUCCAUCGUCUUCGCGCCGACUUCUACAUCCCUGGCGAUCGCGCCCUGGUCCGCGACUAG